AUGUACGCCGCUCAGAAUAUAACGCCAACAGUUUUGGAUGCUAUGAAUGGAAAUGUUUCCGAAUGGUAUAACGAAUGCGACAAUGCCAUUAGAAGGUCAGAAAUAGUUCCUGGAACUUACGAAUAUACAACUGCUGUUUCUUAUGGAAACGUAGGUGAGUUUGGUGAAGGUUCUUCAACAACAGUAGAUAUUGCUUGCGACAGGUUUCAUAUUAUUUCUAUUGACAACUCUUUCUUAUACGUGGAACAAGACAUUGAAAUAAAACCUUCUGCCAAGUUGUCUGACAAGAAAGGUUGCAAUGGAAUUUUCUAUGUCGGAUACCAAUAUGCUCCAGAAGUUUUCAUGGGAUAUAAGAUAUAUUCUAACUCUGACUUAGUUCAAACAGUAACAUGGGCAAACUAUGAAUGGUUCGCUUUGAGAAACUCAGUACAACCACAAGCUAGAGAACAAACAGACCAGUAUGCAACUAUUGAGAAAAUAA